AUGAGAUUUUUAAAGGUGUUCAAAUUAAAAGACUUUCGGCCUUUGCAACGUGCGGCGAUCAAUGCAGUUUUGAGUAAAAAAGAUGCUGUUGUCAUUUUAAGCACUGGAGGCGGAAAAAGUUUGUGCUAUCAAAUUCCAGCAAUUUUCACGAAAGGUUUGACAUUGGUAAUAUCGCCGCUGAUAUCACUAAUUGAAAAUCAAAUAAGCCAGCUCACGAAGUUGGGAAUUGAAGCAGCAUCACUAAAUGCCAGUAGCUCAAAAGAUGAAAUAAGGCGAAUUGAAGCUGCAAUUACAAACAAGGAUUCAAAUUUUCGUUUGUUGUACGUAACUCCUGAAAAGCUUUCGAAAAGCAAGCGGAUUAUGAACAAAAUUGAAAAAUCAUUAUCUGUCGGAUUUUUAAAGCUAAUUGCAAUUGACGAAGUACAUUGUUGUUCUCAGUGGGGUCACGAUUUCCGACCAGACUUUGCUUUCUUGAAUGUACUGAGGCGGCAGUUUAAAAGUGUUCCUAUACUUGGUCUGACUGCUACAGCAACGAACAAUGUACUGAAUGAAGUUAAGGAAAUGUUAAACAUUCAAUCAGCUCUAACUUUUCGGGCUGGUUUCAAUCGGCCAAAUUUGAAAUAUGAAGUCAGAGCUAAAAAAAACUCUGACGAACAAGGAAUGAAGGAAAUUGCUGAAAUAAUAUCAAACAGGUUCAAGGAACAGUCAGGAAUCGUUUACUGCUUAUCUAGGAAGGAUUGUGAAAAUCUAGCAAAGUUUCUGAGAGACUCGGGAAUUAGCGCGAAGCAUUAUCAUGCAGAUUUGGAUCAGAAUAAUCGAUAUGACUGGCAAGAAAGAUGGAUGUCUGGAGAUAUCCAAGUUAUAGUAGCUACAAUUGCGUUUGGUAUGGGAAUAGAUAAGCCAGACGUUCGAUUCGUCAUUCAUCAUUCUCUUCCAAAAUCAAUUGAAAAUUAUUAUCAGAAUCAAAAUGAUAGAAAUCCUACCGCCGGAUUUUUUAAAUGUCACAAGACUAUCGCACUCUGA